AUGAAGAGGUACGUGUAUAGCAUCCUAGUGUCGUGUUUGGUGUUCUGCCUGAAGGAGGAUGUUCUAGUGGAAAGUACGGAUAUGCCCAUGAAGUAUGCUGACAUGCGAGGUUUAGACGACCUAUCGAAUUUGAAUGACGAGCAAGUGAAGGACAUACUGGGGGUAGAUAUCAAAGGAGCCAAGGAGAGAAUAGAAAAAUUAUUUGCAGUGAUCGAUAAAAAUAAUGAUAAAAUAAUAUCAGAAGAUGAGCUAAACAUAUGGUCUACUUAUGUAAAGAAUGAAGUCUUCCUGAAACAGGUGCAAGUAGAAAUGAAACAAAUAGAUGCAGAUAAGGAUGGGUUCAUAUCCUUGCCAGAAUUAAAUGAAGCAUUUUCACAGAAUCUAGAUGCAAAAGAGGUCGAAAAACACGCAGAAGGACUACUAAAGAGAUUCCAAAUUGUAGACAAGGAUAAGGACAAUAAGCUAAAUAUAAACGAAGUAGGAUUAUUAAUCGAUCCAAUGAAGGAUGAAGAAUUGAAGGAGUUAGAAAUUAAUGAAAUUUUGGAACAUCAUGAUGUAAAUAAAGAUGGCAGAAUAUCAGUUGAGGAAUUUAAGCAAACAAGAACGGAUGAUCCACAUGCAAAGAAAGAUGACGAUGUUGCUUUGGAUGACUUUAAUUUCUUUGAUACAAAUAAGGAUGGCUUUAUAGACAAGGAAGAAAUUGUUAAGGUUUAUUUUGACCCAUCCAAUGAAGGGGGAUCCAUUAACUUAUCCGAAGUGAAGGACACCAUCUUCGAAGGGAAGCCAAUUACUUAUGAUCUGUGGAAUGAGAAGGCACUCAAAUUGGCAGUUACUUCUUUGACUGACUACGGAGAUAUUUUAAGAUACCCAGAAGACUUCAAACUAGACAUAGGCAAGAAUGUUGUGCUGCCAUCUACAAGAAGGAGAACCGGGAUUGAGGACGACUUAGAUCAGGACGACGGGGCUUCAGGUGACAAGGAAGACGGUGCGGAGGAUGACAGCACACAGAAGACUCCAACCCCGGAUGAGUUAUGA